ACCACGACUCUCCGGCGGGCGGCGCGACCGACUCCGGCGAGCCCGGGCGGGGGCGGCUCAAGCGUGCGGCGGAGGCGGCCGUAUCAGCGCCGUCAAUCUAUAGGCAGGCUCCGGCGCCGCGCCGCGGUCGCUCCGCCGCGACUCCGGCCGCUGGUCUCUGUUGAGGCCAUGGUGAACGCCGACGGCGAAGGCGCCGACGCCGGGGGCGGAGACCCAAUGUGCGUCGAUGAGAAUGCCGGCGCCGUCGUUGGGGCAGACCAGUGUGAAGAAGCCGGGCCGCAGGGCGGCGGUGCUCCUGUAGGCCUUGAAGGGACCAGCGGAGAAGGAGGGCAAGUGCCGGUUUCUCAUCCCGGCGGCGGAAUGAGGGUGCGAGGAGCGACUGUUGAGGAAGAGAGCGAGGAGGCCCCAACGGUGCAGGGCAGCAAGGAAGGGGCCGAGGAGCUGCUCCUGAAGGUGGUGUACAGCGAGGAGGAGGCGUACAAGCUGUACUGCGACUAUGGGCACCACACGGGGUUCAGCGUCCGCAAGGGCAAGCAGUCCUACUUCACUGGCACCAAGAGGAUCAGGACCAAGGACUACUUCUGCUCCAAGGAGGGGCUCAAGGAAGCAGAGAAACUUACCGAUGAAAACUUCAACGACCCGCACACCAGGACCAACUGCAGGGCCAUGGUUCGCUUCAGAGUGAACAGCCAGGGUGAGUGGAGGGUAAUCCGACUCGUGUCUGAUCACAACCACAACUUGGUAAGACCUGAAGAACGUCACCUUCUGCGGUCUGCCAAGUCACUUAUAGCUGGGAGGUCAUGUUCUGCUGCGGAUGCGGUGUUGUAUGGUGGGUACCAGUUAGGGGGUGUGCCUUCCCAAAUGGCUGCAAGCACAAGCGUAACAAAGAAUGCAGAAGCAAAGCAAGAUUUGCUCCCUGGUUUUAGCGGCGUAACAAGGACAUCAGCCGUAGGGACCGGAGAGUUGCAAAGCAUUGUAAGCCAUCUAAAGAGCAGAGCAAAUGUAGAUGGAAUGUUUUACUGGGAUGUUCAUUUAGACCGAGCUGGUCGGAUGAGUAAUUUCUUUUGGCGAGAUGGUAGGUGCAGGAUGGACUACGACUGUUUUGGUGACGUGGUUGUCUUUGAUUCAACUUACCGCUUAAACAAGCAGAAUUAUAUAGUUGCGCCUUUUGUUGGUGUGAACCACCACUGGCAGACCACUAUGUAUGGUUGCGCGCUAUUAGCGGAUGAGUCGGUGUCAUCUUUCACGUGGCUGUUCAAGUCUUUCUUGGAGGCAAUGGGAAACCGGCAACCCCGAUCUAUUUUCACCAAUCAAGACCAAGUUAUGUCAAACGCAAUUGAAGAAGUGUUUCCAAAUACACGCCAUCGCAUUGCCCACUGGCACAUUCAGAAGAAUGCCGCUUCCCGCCUUGGUGCACUUAAUGCUUCAAAAGCAUUUAAUAAGAUGUUCACCAAGUGUAUGCAGGGCUGCGACUCAGAAUCAGAAUUCGAGGAAACAUGGACUGCGAUGCUCCGUGAGUUUAAGUUGCAGGAUAAUAAGUGGCUGAGCAAACUUUAUAAGCUCAAGCAGAAGUGGUGUGGUGCUCUGAACAAGUGCACUUUUGAUGGUGGGGUCGAGAACGAGCCGCAAUGUGACAGUUUGAGUAACAUAUUCACUUGCAUUGUCGAUAAAUCGACUUCUCUUUCCACAAUUGCUGCUGCUGUGGAUAAGCUGACUGAGGACUGGCGUGAAAAAGAGUUUGAUGAGGAUGUGCGGUGUUGUCAAAGGCCACUUUCUUGUAUUAUAAAGCAUAGUGAUAUUUUGAAUCAUGCAGCAAAAGUUUAUACACACAGAAUCUACAAGUUAUUCGAGACAUAUUUUCUUGACGGGUGUGGUGCCACAAAAUUCAAGGCGCUUCCAUGUGAAGACAGUGAGACAUAUCGGUUUGAGAUGACUAUGCAGGGUAGAGGGUCAAGAGUCUGCACAGUUCAUCUGAAUAUGUCAACAAUGCAACUCACUUGCAGCUGUAGUCAGUUUGAGACAAUGGGUUUACUUUGUCCACAUACUCUGAAAGCUCUUAGUAUCAAGAAUGUGGGAAAAAUUCCAGAAAUAUAUAUACUGAAGCGGUGGACCAGAGAUGCUAAGCAGUGGCUUUUCAACCCAAAGCAAUAUGAAUCAUCAUAUCAGGAAUGCAUGGAUGAUGAAACUGGAUACUGCAACCAUGCUAUGAGGUAUGCUUAUGACCUUGUGACGAAGAGUGAAGGGCAGGAGGAAUUGAGAAGAUCUCUUUGGGAGGCUCUCGAGGGUGGAGAAAAAGAAUUGGAGAAAUACCUAGAAAAUGCUACACAGUAUGCACAAUCUUAUGCCACUUGAAAGAAGCAUCGAUAAAGCUUUUUGGUGUUGCUGCUGAGGAACCAAAGAUAUACUUAUGGAUAACUGGGUCUUUUACAACAUAUGUGCAUACCUUCUUUUCUGCUGACUUAAACUGUAAUCUAAAAAUGGAAAUGGAAACCUGUGAAACGAGAUAAAGUUUGAGUAAGUCAUAAUUCUUUGAUUUUGAUCGUUA